UCGAUCCUUUUCAUGGCUGUUCUUGAUGCCCAUAUCACCACUACUACUUCUCCUCAGCUUUUGUGCACCUGCGGAGUCUGGCCAAUGUCUCCGCGAUCAGCAAUCCCUGUUGCUCCGUUUGAAGAACAGUCUGGUGUUCAACGGUUUGUCCACAAAACUAGUGCAUUGGAACAAAAGUACUAGUUGUUGUUCUUGGGAAGGUGUAACCUGCAGUGAAGGACGUGUUAUUGGGCUCGACUUGAGCAGUGAAUCAAUCUCCGGUGGUCUCGACAAUUCCAGCAGCCUCUUCAGUCUUCACCAUCUCCAGAAUCUAAGUUUGGCAUAUAACAAGUUCAACUAUGCUCAGAUUCCGUCAGGGUUUGACAAAUUGACGAGUUUGAGACAUUUGAGCCUAUCAAAUGCUGGCUUUGCAGGUCAAAUUCCAAUUGAGCUUUCGAGUUUGACAAGGUUGGUUAUUCUCGAUUUAUCUACCCUUCACUUCCCUGGAAUUCCCCUCCUAAAACUUGAGAAUCCAAAUUUAGAGAUGUUGGUUCACAACUUUACGGAGCUUGUGGAACUUCAUCUCGAUGGUGUAAACAUCUCAGAACAAGGCAAUGAGUGGGGCCAAGCCUUAUCAUCUUCACUCCCAAAUCUGAGAGCAUUGAGCUUGUCAGGUUGUAAUAUUUCAGGCCCUUUCGAUCCCUCCUUGCUAAAGCUUCAGUCCCUCUCGGUUAUUAGUCUGGAUUUUAACAAUUUGCGUGUUGUAGUACCAAAGUUCAUGGCAAAUCUCACAAAUCUGAUGUCCUUGCGUCUCGGUUCUUGUGGGUUGUUCGGCACAUUUCCAGAAAAGAUCUUCCAGGUGCCAACACUAGAGGUUCUUGACUUGUCUAAUAAUCCACGACUUCGGGGUUCCUUGCCAGAUUUUCCUCAGAAUGGGAAUCUUCGAACCCUGGUACUUAGCCAAACAAAUUUCUCGAGAACGUUGCCGCAUUCUAUCGGUAACCUUACUUUGUUGUCUAGAAUGGAUUUUUCAAGUUGCAAUUUCAGAGGAUCAAUUCCAGCAACAAUGGCAAAUCUUACCCAAUUGUUUUACUUGGACAUGUCAUCCAACAAUUUCAUUGGACCAAUUCCAUCCUUCAGCAAGGCCAAGAAUCUGACUGAAAUAAACCUUUCUCAUAACGAUUUAACAGGUCAGAUUACCUCUACUCACUGGCAAGAGCUGAAGAACCUGGUAAAACUUGAAUUGCGUUACAAUUCUCUGAAUGGGAGCAUUCCAGCCUCUCUGUUUUCCCAUUUAUCAUUGCAGACUCUAGAACUUUCCAACAACCAUUUUUCUGGUCUAUUUCCCAACAUUUCUUCUCAUGUACUCGACACCCUUGAUUUGAGCAGCAACAAUUUGGAAGGGGCAAUCCAUGUGUCUGUCUUUAAUCUUCAAGGUCUUAAGAUCCUCUCACUUUCUUCAAAUAACUUCAAUGGCUCUUUCAAGCUAAAUAUGAUCGAGCAGUUGAGAAAUCUUUCCAGUCUUGAUCUUUCCUACAACAGCUUAUCAAUUGAAUAUGAUAGAACUGAUUCUCUGUCCCCCUCCUUUCCCAACAUCACCACGUUAAAAUUGGCUUCCAGCAAGUUGAAAAUAUUUCCUGAUUUUUUGAGAAACCAAUCCAUAUUAGCAGUUCUAGACCUUUCAGAUAACGAAAUUGGUGGAGAGAUACCCAACUGGAUAUGCAAACUGCCUUUUCUUCUACAGUUAAAUCUUUCUUUUAACAAUUUGGUGAGUCUGGAAGGAUCUGCACUCAAUGUUUCUUCUCUGAGUGUCCUGGACAUUCGUUCCAACCGACUACAGGGACAACUCCCAGUUCUCCCACCAUCUGCCACAUAUUUGGACUUCUCGAGGAAUAAUUUCAGCUCUGUCAUACCAGCUAACAUUGGUAAUGUCCUUUGGUUCACUUAUUUCUUCUCCAUUUCAAACAAUAAAUUCAAUGGGAGUAUCCCUGCAUCAAUUUGCAAUGCACAAUAUCUCCAAGUUCUAGAUCUGUCUUAUAAUUCCUUCAAUGGCAAGAUUCCCGAAUGCUUGUUUGUGAUGGGUAGAACUCUUGGGGUGCUGAAUCUAGGGAGAAACAAUCUCAGUGGCUCAAUUUCUGAUACAUUUCCAGACAAUUGUGGAUUGCAAACUUUAGAUCUCAAUGGAAACCAACUUCAAGGAAAGUUGCCCAAGUCUCUGGAAAAUUGCACAAGGUUGGAGGUCUUUGAUAUUGGUAACAACCAUAUUGAGGAUAUCUUCCCAUGUCACUUGAAGAACGCAUCCGUAUUGCGUGUCCUUGUUUUGCGAUCUAACAACUUUAGUGAGUCACUUGGUUGUCCUGGUCAUAAUGCCACCUUCCCGAUGCUUCAAAUUUUGGACUUGGCUGCAAACAAUUUCACUGGAAAGUUUCCAAUAAAUUUCUUUUCGAACUGGAAAGCAAUGACAGGUGGUGAAGAUGAGGUUGAAUCAGAGCUCAAUCAUCUCCAAUUUCGAGUCCUACGAUUAUCUUAUUAUCAAGAUAGGGUGACAGUAACUUCUAAAGGUUUAAAUCUUGAAUUGGUGAAGAUUCUAACUAUCUUCACCUCGAUUGACAUUUCGUGCAACAAGCUUGACGGAGAAAUACCAAAGGAUAUCGGCCUUCUCAAGUCGUUAUAUGUUCUAAACUUGUCGCAUAAUGCUCUUACAGGACAAAUCCCAACAUCUCUGGCAAACUUGAGACUGUUGGAGUCAUUGGACUUGUCAAGCAACAAGCUUACGGGAGAGAUUCCUAUGCAACUUGCAGAAAAUCUUAUAUUCCUUUCAGUCCUAAACCUCUCCUUCAAUCAACUGGUGGGGCAGAUUCCGAUUAUUAAACAGUUUGCUACUUUUUCAGAUGGUUCCUACAAAGGGAAUAAAGGAUUGUGUGGCUUUCCUCUUCAGAAAAUUUGCAAUGUUGGCCGCGGGACAGCACCGUCGACUCCACCUGACUCGAAUUCUAAGAAAGUGAUUGGAAGGAAGUUUCUAAGUGUUGAACUAGGAUUUAUUUUUGGCUUAGGAAUUAUCAUCGGGCCCCUGUAUUGGAAAAGGUGGAGAUUUUGGUAUUUCAAACAAGUGGAUGACAUUCUUUACACGAUAUUUUCGAAGCUGUAUAUGAACAGAGAAGCAUACCCAUGUAGAAUUACGCGUAGAAAUUGAAGGCCAAGACGUCAGUGAUCAGAUUCCUUAGGCCUUUCAAUGGGAUACCGUCAAAGUGAGAAUAUGUGGAGAGGUGCAACCAUGUGAAGUGGUUUUUCGAGUUCCAACAUAAAGCAGAAUAAAGUGCCAUGGAAACCAUGUGAUUGCAAGGUAGCAGCAUCCUAGCUUUCAAGGUAUGGUGUGUUUGUAAUUGCUAAGCCAUAGAAAUUUUCAUGCUAAAAUAGUGGUCUUAUGAUAAUAUUAAUUUGUGGGUGAUUUCUGAGACGUGCAUGUGAUGCAGACGUGAAACUCUAGUACCUUGCAAUGAACCUUUUUUUCCUUUUUAUUUUCAUGAC